GGUACAUUCCAACCACUUCACACUUAUGUCUUUCAUCGACGGGGCUACUACCCACCCAGUCCCUAUUUUAUCUUCACUUGAGCAGCAAAAACAGCCGGACAAAGAACAUGUGACUGCGGCAGAAAGCGAGAAUGAGAGGACCGCCGAAAUUCCAUUGGAAUAUGCCAUCAGAGAAGGCGAUUCAGAUGUUGUCCUCGUGGAUUUCGAGGAGAACGACCCAGAGAACCCCUUGAACUGGUCGUCAACGCAUAAAUGGCUGAUUGUGUUUGUUGUCUCAUGGAUGGGUUUCGUCAGGUCUGUAUACCCUCCUUCAUCGACUGACCGAAUUAGCGUCUUUUCGACAAUGACGAUUGUGCCCACGACGCCGCAGAUCUUACAAGAGUUUAAUUCGCAUAGCAAGGUCGACCAGACCUUGCUCGUCACGAUUUGGGAGCUUGGAGAAGGAAUUGGUCCGUUUUUCAUUGCACCGCUCUCCGAAAGAUUCGGUCGACUUCCUGUCUUCCAUAUCGGAAAUUUCCUCGCGCUCCUUUGCUUGAUCGCCAGCGCCCUGAGCGUAAACAUUCCCAUGUUGAUUGCGUUCCGAUUCCUAACGGGUUGCUUCCUGUCGAUUCUCACUCUCGGACCCGCCAUCGUCGGGGAUCUGUUCCAAAUGGAACGAACCGGCCAGGCAAUGGCAUUGGUUAUGGGGACGCAAAUGAUAGCUGAUUUUAUCUCACCUAUCGCCGGAUCGUAUAUCGCACAGAGCCUGGGUUGGCGAUGGUCGAUUUGGCUGGCAGCUAUCAUACUUGGAUUCUUCAGCUUUCUAUUGCUGACUGUGCUCCGGGAAACAUACACGGUGGUGAUUCUGAGGCGAAAGGCAGAGAGGUUGCAAGAGGAGCGUGCGGAUGAGAAGAAGUAUCAUUCGAAACACCAAGCCCUUGUCGAUGAAUCCACCAUGCUCGAAAGCGCCAUAAAACCAAUGCAGAUACUGGCACAGUCCCCCAUCCUCAUUCUGACCACAAGCUACAUGGCCAUAACAUACGCAUUGGUCUCAUUGAUUCUUGCCACGCUCACGGAAAACAUGGAAACGACCGGCUCAGUUGGCUUGACUUUUUUGAGUCUCGCGAUCGGCAACACCGUCGCUUUGAUCUUCUACAGUGUCACUUCCGACCGCUACAUGACCCACCAGCGAGAGACGAAGGGCGACGCAUUCAAACAGGAAUCCCGACUGAUUCAUCUAAUUUUUGCAGCAAUAAUUCUUCCUGUCGGCUUCCUGGUCUACGGAUGGACAUUACAUUUCCAUGUUCAAUACAUCGUGCCGCUCAUCGGGACGUGCGCUGCAGGAUUCAGCAUGACGCUUUCUGCCAUACCGGCUGAGACAUAUGUGGUGGAUGUUUAUGAAAUUCAUGGUGCAUCCGCUAUAGCUGGUGGUGUCAUCUUCCGAGCGAUUGCUGGCGCUUUUCUGCCAUUGAUAGGCCCGGCUUUAUAUGAUAGUAUUGGACAGGGCUGGGGUAACACCGUUCUAGCUUUGAUCGCAGCCGCUUUUAUUCCUCCCUUGGGCUUACUGAUGAGGUACGGAGACUGGUUCCAUAGUAAAGAACGGCUUGGAAAGUCUAGGCGAUAG